ACACACACACACGAGGGAAAGAGAGAGCAGGGUGCCUUGGUUCUCUGUUUUUGUUUAUCAUCACCGUGGAGCGAGGAAAGGCUGGAAACGGAUCCACAGUUCACAUUUUCCAGUUUUUUCGGCAAUUUACAAACGUUUGUGGCAACGCGAGAAGACAAAACUUACAUCGCCUAAGAAUAUAAACUGAAAUUGCAAUAAGUUUGUGACCGUGGCCACCAGCAGCAAGUGUUACUCAGUUUGGUGAGACGUUGGCCUCACUCUGGCCAACCGGGGCAGCUGGCUUUGCUGGCCCCCCUCUUUGGGGGUGCGUUGGGAGUUGAGAAUAUUUGGUGCCAACGGUGACAAUAUACCUGCUGCUCAUCCACCUGGUGUUCUUCAAGAGGACAAUAACAGGCAGAACCAGCAACAGUUAGUCAACCGACGCCACCGACGUCAGAGGCAAGCCAUCUUUGCUGCUGCUGGCCCAAUGAGAGACGUUGCGAAUCGCCAAAACAAUAACGCAGUAGUGGCUCAACCGAGGGAUAACGAAGAACCACAAGCACCGGAGCGACAGCAACGACGUCGUUGGAUGGCAAACGGCCAGCACGCCACCUGGUUUCAAGGAAUCCAUUCCAUGGGCCACUCGUUGGGAUCGUCCUCUUCGGACGGGCCGUCUUCAUCGUCAAUGAAAGAUCCGUGCAGAAUGGUCAAAACAUUUCAGGCUUACCUGCCCGAGUGCUGUCACCGGACGUACUCGUGCGUUCACUGUCGCGCUCACCUGGCCAAUCACGACGAACUCAUUUCCAAGUCGUUUCAAGGCAGCCAAGGACGGGCUUAUCUCUUCAAUUCUGUGGUGAAUGUGGGUUGCGGUCCGGCCGAAGAACGCGUCCUGCUCACGGGAUUGCACGCCGUUGCCGACAUUUACUGCGAGAGCUGCAAAACGACGCUCGGCUGGAAAUAUGAACACGCGUUCGAAUCGAGUCAAAAGUACAAGGAAGGCAAAUUUAUUAUCGAACUGGCCCACAUGAUCAAGGACAACGGAUGGGAUUCUUAAAUGAAGACGCAUGGAUUUUUUUUUUUUUCCUUGAGCCUCAUUUCAAAGGGUUUUAUUUCUUCAUUUGCGCAUAGUUUGCGUAAGCCAUUUUAGUUUCAUUUUUGAGAAGGUCGAAUAGGUGUCGUAUUUGCCCAGCUCGUUUCAAGCAGAUUUUUUUUUUUUCGGCGCAUCAUUCUCGAUCUCUUUUGUUCUCUUUCUCUCUAUACUCCUCUCAUUUUAUAAAUUUGACGAGUGGGAGGGAUGUUUGGAUGACCGUCAAACCACUUAACCUCCCCUCCAAUUUUUUCCCCUUAGGUGUUAGGUUUGUUGCGUUAGUUAUUUAGCCCUCCAUUUUAUGUCUAAAAUUACGAGUCUACUGGGGUCCACGAAAUCAGUUGAAUUUCACGACACAAAAUGGCAAGUUGUUUGCCAUCAGUUCUUUUUUUUUUCUAUUUUGCUGUUCUAAUCGUCUUUAAAUGUUUUACUUUUAUUAGACGUUCCCGUUCUCUUUCGUCGCUGCGUAUACCGUAAAUAGUCCACCCCCGUUCCAUCCAUCAUUUUUUAGUUUGAUUCUAAAUUCAAGCAAUUUCACAUUUUUUACCCACCCCAGAGAUAACACGAAUGCGAACUCCUAGUCAUUUAGUCACACAUAUGUCGAUGCCUGGCGCUUUGUCGACUGCUCUUUCUUUUAACCUAACCUCCCCUUAAAAUCGUACGUUCCUAUCUUUAAAGGAUAAGGCGUCGCUUUGAAGAAUCGAAAGUUAAAAUUUAAAAAAAGAAAAGGAAUAAUACUUACCCUUCGCUCCUACCACAAGAAGGUGAACCACUUCCUUUGUUUUUCGAACACACACGUUUUUUUCACGUUGUUAGUUAACCCCACUUCAAAGUCCUAAAUGAGUUUCUAAAUUGAAUUGUUUCAAAUUCUUUUUGUUCACUGUACUUUUCCCGAGUCUUUCACAAACACACUCACCACCUACGUCUCGACAAAUAUUACUAGUGUCUCUCGAUGCGUGUAAGCAGAAUCAAACAACAUCCCACACUAACAAAAAAAACAAAAAAAAAAAACAAUUGGUGACUGGCAUCAUCGCGGACUUAACUUUUUCUUCAAAUUAUUGGGCAUGUUUCAAAGUAAAAACAUGCCGUGCAAAAAAAAGAAAGGAACCUAAAACAAUUCGGGUAAUAAUCGGUGGAUGGGUAGUGUCCUUGUACCUUAUGUCUUUUUACCGUAUAUCGACAUAAGAAAAACUUUCUUUAAUCUGUAUGCAUAAAUAUAUAUUAUAUAUUAUCUUCA